UCGGCGAGAUGAAAGGGAUCCAGCGCGGCCCGCUGGCACCAGGCACAGCUUCCAGCGCGCAAUCAGGGCGCAGCGUGGGGACCCGAGCGCUGCGGUCCCGCCACUCAGCCCGGGCUGGGGGCACCGCCGGGCCAACUGGGUGCAAGGAAAAAGGAGGAAAGCAACGUGAUCCGGGUCAAACAAAAGAAUCCGAGGACGGGGAGGCGGGAGGGCGACUACCUGCUGAAAGGAGCGUUCCAGGAACCCUGCGCGCACACACGCAAACUUGGCCUGCCUUUGAUGUGCUGCAACUGAUCACCGAUCAGAUUACGGGCAUUUCAUCUCGCUGCUCGUCUGCCUUUGAUCUGCAGGGCUCUUUUUCUUCUCCUGGAUUGGAAGAUUCGUCUGGGCUUGCGCUGACAUACAUUUUGGGGAAGGUAGAGCUUUUGGCACAGAAGCGCUGCCAAGGAGAAACUCAGCUGCCGAAAAGGAGCUCUUCAACCAGAAAUACAUUUAAUGAGAGCGAUGGCUUUCAAAGUGCUACUAGAACAACAGAAAGCAUUUUUCACGGCUGUAGUUUUACUAGCCUGUUUGGCAUGUAGAGUGAUCUGUGAAACAGGAGACUGUGGACAACAGGAAUUCAGGGAUCGGUUGGGAAACUGUGUUCUCUGCAAGCAGUGUGGGCCAGGCAUGGAGUUGUCCAAGGAAUGUGGCUUUGGCUACGGGGAGGAUGCCCAGUGCGUGAGGUGCCGGCCGCACAGGUUCAAGGAGGACUGGGGCUUUCAGAAGUGCAAGCCGUGCCUGGACUGCGCCCUGCUGAGCCGCUUCCAGAAGGCCAACUGCUCUGCCACCCGCGACGCCGCCUGUGGGGACUGCCUGCCCGGAUUUUACAGGAAGACCAAACUUGUUGGUUUUCAAGACAUGGAGUGCGUGCCUUGCGGAGACCCCCCGCCCCCCUACGAGCCGCACUGUACCAGCAAGGUCAACCUGGUGAGGAUCCCGUCCACGGCCUCCAGCCCGCGGGACACGGCCCUGGCUGCCGUGAUCUGCAGCGCCCUGGCCACCGUCCUGCUGGCCCUGCUCAUCCUCUGCGUCAUAUAUUGUAAGCGGCAGUUUAUGGAGAAGAAACCCAGCUGGUCCCUGAGGGCACAGGACCUGCAGUACAACGGUUCUGAACUGUCCUGUUUCGACAGACCUCGGCUCAGCACCCCUGCGCCCCACGCCUGUUGUCAGUGCCACCGGGACUCGGCCCAGACCUGCGCCCUGCCGGCUUUCCUAGGGCCCGUGCAUCUCGUCCCAUCCGCAUGCUGUGACGGGACCUGCAGCGUCGGCCAGGAGACUCCUGCUUGUAGGGUGCACUCCAAGGCCAUUCUUCAGGACAGAAACACAGGUCCAGCGGGGGAAGCAAUGCCGACUUUCUUUGGGUCUCUUUCGAGGUCCAUCUGUGGCGAGUUUUCGGACGCCUGGCCUCUGAUGCAAAAUCCCAGCUGUGGUGACGACAUCUCUUCCUGCGAUUCUUAUCCUGAGCUCCCUGGAGAAGAUGUUCGCUCUCUCAAUCCAGAGAGUGCAAGCUCGGCAUCCUUGGACUCAAACAGUAGUCGGGGUGUGGUUGGUGGGGCGGUUCCAAUUCAAGCUCAUCCUGAAAACUUUACAGAAACUACUGAUUUAUCGAGACUCAACAACUCAGUGCCAGAACCAGCGCUGACUCAGGACGCGCUUACUGCUAGAAAUCAGCUGGAUCAGGAGAGAGGAGAUGUCCAUCACCUGACCACUCAGCCGUCACCCCAGGAGGCCGAAAGGACUUGCUUCUUUCUGCAGUGAAGUGUCGUACGGAGGCCAAAGGGCGGCCACUCCUCUGCUUAUGGACUCAGCACCGUCUGGACCUCGCGUGGCAUCUGGGGGAAGAAAGUAAAUCUGAACCACACUGACGGCAUUUUAAGCCUUUCAACCAGUUGCUUCUGAGCCAGACCAGCUGUAAGCUGAGACCUCAAGGAAUACACUCCAAGCACUUCUGGGACUUUGCAUCUUUCCUGCACAAGAAGCUUCUACGCUACAGGCUGACUUCAGAGACUGACGGGCCAAGUUUGCAACCACCGAGCUUAGGGGUGUAACAAGAAACAGAAAUGCAUUCGUGCUUCUUUUCAUGGCGGAGGUGGUUUGCCAAGACUGAAGACCCAGAGUAUAAAUUUUCAUUUACGUUUUCUUUCCAGAAAUAAUUUCACGUAUCCUACUAAAAGUCAACGUCAGAUUAGUUACUUUAGUUUUUAGGUAGGAUGGAUGGGUUCAAAAGGGAGUGUUUUUAUUUCCUGAAGGUCACUUUUUCAUCCUCUACAUAAUUAGCAUAGGAGGUUAGAAUUGACUUCAUGUGGCCUGCCUGAGUCUUGGGUUUAUUAGAUGAUGUUAACGGUCCUCACUGGGAAUCAGAAGAGACCAAAUCCUGCAGAAUUGGCGCUUCUCGCCUCAGCCACCGUCUUGUGAGCAGUGGCUGAAUUAGUUAACAAGAGGGGCCCGAGUUAGGACAUGUGUUUGGGAAAGGACUGCCCAUCCCUCCGAGUUAAAAACCCCUUAGCGUGCACAACCUAGAUUAGCAGAUUUAUGUGAAAAUCCAUGGAUAUGGAAGCUUUUUUUACUUCUGUCCCUGGGACUGAGCUUAAAAGAUCCAGAAUUUCUCUUUUAUAGAGAAUCGGUAUUUAUAAUGAUCUUUUAUUUGCAUCAUGUUUUAUACUAAAGGCUUUAGAAAUGACAACGUAUCAGGUUUCCCUACUACUGAAACGUGACACCAGGUGAGUAGUCUUAGGAGACUCUGCGUAUUAGGACGAGAAGAAAAAGCACAACUUGCAGGCAGCGUUUAGGUGAAUGGAUUACGACUGCCGUCGUGUAGCUUGACCAGGAUAUCACAGGGCUCCCACCGAUCUCCUAAGCUUCGUCAGCACGGUGAUUCCCACCGUAGCCCAACGGCGCUGGAUUUGAGAGUCUGGUGCUUUUAUGGAGGCGAUCCGUCCCCUACCACCUUGGUAUUUACCUACUAGAACUAGCUCUAGAGCUGGGACAGAAAUAACCCAGCUCAGGCAUGAACCAGGGGCUGGCUCGUUUGCUCAUCUCUGCGCCCUGGAGAGGAAUUAUUUGAGCAGGGUUUAUUUUUUUCCUGCUUGAACGUACGUGAUCAUCUCUGGCUGUUGUCUUUUACGUGAUUACUAUUAGCUCUGUCCCACUUGGACUUAAAAAAGAAAUAGACCUUUGAACAUCCCUGUGUUAGAGAAUGCUGAGAUAUUUUGUUUCCAAAUCAGUGUCUUCUACUUGACAUUUAAAGUCAGCAUUAGAGGGUAUUCCUGGGCAGUCCAGUGGUUAGGAUUCAGCACUUUCACUGCGGAGGGCCUGGGUUCAAUCCCUGGUCGGGGAAUUAAGAUCCCGCAAGCUGCACGAUGCAGCAAAAAAAAAAAAAAGAGUUUAGGGCUUCCCUGGUGGCGCAGUGGUUAAGAAUCUGCCUGCCAAUGCAGGGGACACGGGUUCGAGCCCUGGUCUGGGAAGAUCCCACAUGCCGCGGAGCAACUAGGCCCGCGAGCCACAGCUACUGAGCCUGCGCGUCUGGAGCCUGUGCUCCCAACAAGAGAGGCCGCGAUAGUGAGAGAGGCCCGCGCACCGCGAUGAAGAGUGGCCCAUGAAGAGUGCCCCCGCUUGACACAACUAGAGAAAGCCCUCGCACAGAAACGAAGACCCAACACAGCCAAAAUAAAUAAAUAAAUAAAUUAAAAAAAAAAGAGUUUAAAGUGAGCAUUAGAGAUCUGCCUUUCCCAAGGACAUUUUUAUCUUCCCUCUUAUUGCCCCGUGCUUUGCUCUCUUGCAGUAGUGAGCUCUCACGAGGCCUCUUCCUCGUGCUGGGACUGUCCCUCUAUCCGCAGUUCAGGAUCCCUGUGCGGACAUGAGCUCAGGGUAUGUCGUGCACGUGACCUCCAUUCCUUUGACUGAAAUGGGAAAUUAGAGGGUCUCGUGGUAAUGCACAGCCUUUCCUGUCUACCUGGUGUCCCGUCAUAGUUGAUUGACUUUCUUUUUUCUCUUCCUUUUUUAGCCUAAACCAGUGGUUCCUAAGCUCUGGUACUCACCAACUCUUCUGAGACUUGCCCUUAGGAAAUGUAUAUAAAGUAUUUAGGACCUGAUCACAAGAGGUCCACGAAAAUGCAAGUUUCACUGUAAGUCACAUGUGUGCCGUAGUUUGUAAUCUGAUCACUUUUGUGAUGACAGAGGGGUGAUCAAAGUAGGCCAGGGUUGUGCUCCUUUUUGUAACCUGAGUAUAUUUUCCACAUGUAGAGCCCUCUUUAACUUCAAAGGCAAAAACACUUGCAGGAGAAAGCUAAGAUUGAUGGGAAUGAGACUUUGGCCGCAAAUCCUGAAACAUCACUUUUGAUCAAUAGAGAAAUACUUAGGGUUAAAAACUUGAUUUCAUUUGAUACUGCAUUUGAAAAAUCCUGGGUUAUUUUGUUGUGGACCAUUUUUAAAGUCUUUAUUGAAUUUGUUACAAUAUUGCUUCUGUUUUAUGUUUUGGUUUUUUUUGACCCCAAGACAUCUGGGAUCUUAGCUCCCUGACCAGGGAUCGAACCCGCACCUCCUGAAUUGUAAGGUGAAGUCGUAACCACUGGACCGCCAGGGAAGUCCCGAUCCUGGGUUAUUUUUAUCCAGAGGAAGACAGUUUACUACCAUGUGCUGUGGAAACAUACAAUGAUGUUAUAGUCUACACUCUUUGUAAAUGCUGUAGAGGACAGUCCAGUUGGCAUUUCAUAUCAAUAUCCUGCAGAACUCAGAUAAACUCAGCUGCUAGGGUGCUGAUGCCAGGAUCGCCAUCAGCUAAUAACAGGGCUGGGAGUGCGGGUGCUUGUGACUUCCGGCACUGCAGAAGCUCCCUGACAAGGAUGAGAUCAGGAUUGGGGAACAACCACAUAAAGGCAUGGGGUUUUCUAAUCUUGUGUAUAUGGAAUGUAUUUUUCAAAUGUAGAUUUCUCUACUUUAGAUAAAGUGUUAAUGUUGCUGUUACCUAGGUUAAGCACUAUUGUCUGUGCUAGUAAAAAAAAAAAAAAUAGAAAAGGAAAAAAUAUCCAUCAUUGCUUUAAGGCAGUCAGCUUGCAUCAAUUUAGACCUCAUCCUGACUAUUUUGCAUACUGGAAUUGAUAAAUUUGUAAAUGUUGGUUUCCUUACGUAACUAGUUUUGUAAGACCUUUUUUUAAUUUGUGAAUAAAAUUGUUACCUGGUAUUCUUAUCGA